AUGUUUUCGAUAUAUGAUGAGACGAGCAAGAGCCAGCAAGAACCCAACAAGAUUGCAACUCUCCCGACUUGAAGACGAACUCGCUCUCUCUCGGCGUUCGGACGUCGUUCACGUACAGUAUCGUGCUGAAGGGUUUUCGACCCCUGCAGCAGUCCAACCACCGCACCGAUAAGCCACGCGCAUUCGUUAUCGCUCAAAGAAGACGAAGGAGCCAAUGAAACACGUGCAGAGCGGAUAGGACAGGAAGAGAAGAAGUAUAUAGACAAUGCAGCAGCCCGGCUCGCUAUGGCGCUCCGCUCUCCCUCCAAAAUCUUGCCAAUAUCCAGAGGCCGGCUGCCCGAAGCAGUUAGACGCCGGGUCGAAAUAUGCCCCGACAACACGUGCAGCCCGUGAAGCACUCACUCGACCUGCGGAGCACCUUCGAGGGCUUCCACACCGUCACCAAUUUUAAUGUGGUCGAGCGUAUGAACGCGGUCCCGGGCUUGAAGACAAGUGCAGCAUUUUUCAGCUUCCUGCGCGCAAACCUCGUCUUACCGUCCUCGACACUGAAUUCAAAUAUCUCGACGCCCCUCCUUCAUCCCUCUUCCUCGCAAACCCUCCCGCCACUCUUUCCAUCCUCUCUCGCAACAAUGACGUCCAAUGCCGAAGACGAAGUGGUGCCCGCACCGAACCCACUCGAGGGAGUACCACCUCUUGUUACCAAGCAAUUGACGGAUGAAAACGACAAAGUGGCCGCUCUCAAACUGAUCGCAGACUCCAUCGCACAACAGCGUCAACAAGCGUCUCGCGCUAUAAUCUUCAACCCCCUCACACUUGCCGGAUACAUCCUACUUCUAGCAAUUGUAAGCAACUUUAUAUACAAGGACCGCAGUGAUCUUGGUAUUGUGGCUACAACAUCUGCUGGAAUUACCAUGGCCUGUCUGAUCGCCAUCCGUGGCCUCACAGGUGAAUAUCUGAAUCUGGCAGAAAAAUUCAACUGGAAAUUUGCAACGAAUGAAGAUGGCGAGGAGGAUGUCAUCAUCGGCUCGAGAUACGGAGAGGAGAUUAUGGGCGCUGCGGUUUUGCGCUUGGAGGGAAAGGGUAAUGGCAGCGGGAAGAAGAAGACGAAGAGUGCGAAGACUGGAGGUAAGGGCGUUGUAAGAGCAUGGACUGUGAGAGUCAAGUAUCGAGGGAAGGGUGUUGGCACUGAGCUGCUGGAAGAGGCGGUUAAGAUUACGAGGGAGAAGCUCGGGAACUCGGCUGAGAUUGGGUUUGCGGCCGAGCAUGCGAAUAGCAAUAUGAUCUUGCCGGAAAUCUUCAAUGCGAGCUUCAGGAAGAGAGAGGCGAAAGCUGCUAAGGCGUUGGAAACUGUCAUUGAGAAUAUGGAUACUGGGAGCAAGAAGAAGAGGUAGACAUGGCUGGGCGGUUCUAUGUGUAGAUUGGUUUGGGAUAUAUUUCCGUAAUAGAUUGUGGAGCUUGAAGGUGGGAAAUAGGGAGGAAAUGGGCGGAUAUACCAAGGUGUUAGAGGAUGAAAAUUCAAG